GACCUCUCACAUCGCACAUCCAUCGAUCUAACCAUGCCGGUCUUCUCGAAGCUGAUGCUGAUCGCCGUCGGCGCUGGGGUCGCAAACGCUCUGCCCAUCAUCGUACCUGACGGGCAGGAGAACCGCGUGGUCGAUCUCGACUCCUCGGCGGGCGUUGCUCUGCCUGCCUGCCCGAGCACGUGUAGCACCUGUCCCGACGCGCAGUUCGGAGAAGGGAAGUGCUGCUACAACAUCCACAACGACAUCUGCAGCGGUGACAACGAAGAGCAGUGCAUCGGCCCUAACCUUGCCGUGUGCAGCAUGGAGCACGGACCCGAACCUACGCCCUCACCCUCGCCCUCGCCCUCGCCUUCCCCAUCGGUGAAGCUCUGCGAGGGCAAGACUGAGCCAUUCAACCAGCUCACCUCUGCGUGGAAGCAGUUGGAGCAAGGCGAGGUGAACAACAACUGCAAGGCGCCAAUUCCCGACCCAUCGACAUACCAACAGUGCUCCGGCGAUCCCACCUCAAUCGUGCUAGCAAAGUGGGAUACACCAGCGUGCGAGGCGGUGAGGAGCUGCGAUUUCCCGCUCAAGGAACUCGUUUCGAUCGAGGCGGACAUUGCGAUCGAGAACUGCGAUGAAACGUGGGUUGCCCCGCUGUGGAUCACCCCGACCCCGCCAAAUUGGUGCGACAACAGGGUGUCCCCCCCAAGUUGCAAUCAAGGCGCGUCUGGCGAGAUCGAUUUCGUCGAAACGUGCAUGAACACCGGCAAAAGCACUGUGGCGACUAGCCUCGGAGGAAACACCUGUGGCCACAACAAGCACGGCGACUCGAUUUGCUUUGAACAGCAGUACCCGGCGACGGGCAUGCAGCUCCACUACACGCUCACUGUCGAUCAAACUCCCGGCAGCAGCGGCAAGGCCACGAUGGGAGUGUGCGAUCAGACAUCGAAGGGCACGUGUGAGAAGUACGUGUCCUCCACAACGUACAGCGAUUGGUACAAGACAGUCGGAUGUGUGCAGGGUGAGUGCAAAUUCCAGCUCCGGAGCGACAUCUGGGCAGCUUACGAUGGGCAAUACGGCAAAGGGGGUUGUCCGUCAAAGUCGUCGACGCAGUCAUGCACCGUCUCAGCAAGGAACAUCAAGGUCACGCUCAACAAGGAGCCACCUGCCGACUGCUCCAAGGCCAUGUUUUUUACAGCCUAGAGUCGAGGUGCAGACAUUGCUUUGAUUGAGGAGGACACAAGCUCUCUCGCCCUGUUCAUUGGUGUGCAUACUUCUUUUCCUCGCUGUUGAUUAGGUGUGAUUCAAUAGUGUACCAAGAUACAUUGUACAGUUCAU